AGCCAAUCGCGUUGUGUCCUCGUACUGUCUGUCUAAAGCUGUGGAAACCGAUCCGGCAACUUCACAUGGAGAGCGGAAGUCCGAGGCAACGGUGAGGUCACGAUCAAACCAACAGAUGGCUCUGUACUGUCAGCUGCAGUGCAUCUCAGAUGUUAUGUGUUGCUCCAUUAAUCCCCAAUCAUCUUCCAGAUACCGUCCACUGCAUUACCGUAUUGCAUAUCAUCUUCUGGGAUAUUUAUGUGUCCUCAAGCCUUGUAUGUUUUCCAUUUGAGAGUCCUGGAGUCACUCUCCCACAAAGGCUACCAGCAAUAGUUUUGCACAGGAGCUGAAGAAAUUCAGAGUAACACACUACAAGGAUGUCUUCAGUUGAGCCCUCAUACCUCCUCAGUAACUGUAAAGGAGUACACUCUGUGACACCUGAGCCUUCACCUGGGAGAAAGAAAAAGGCGAGGCCAGAGCCAUGUUGUUGUGUGAUAAGGAAAACGACAAAGGAGGGGGAUGGAUGAAACAGGUGUGUGUUAUGAAAAGCAGCUGAGGAAUGGUUAUGAAAAAACCCACGUUAAUCUCUAGCUGUGGUCAGUGGAGCUUCGUGAUUGAUGGCUCAGCUCUGUCAACUGGUUGCAAGUGCCAUACAGUGGUCGAGAACAGUCCGGGCAAACAGUGCAGGUUCGAUUCUAAUGGUUGGAUCUGAGCGAUCUCAGUUCUCUCUCACCAGGGUUGCUCAUGCAGCUUCCAGUCAAGAGUCAUCCAGAGACAUUGCAUAAUAAAGGUCUACAAACAUCGACACAACAUCAUGGCAAAGGAAAGUACUGAAUCUGGCCUCUCAUGGGAGGUGAGGGCAAACAGCCGCCACUACCACAAACACAAACAGAAGAAAUCCCUUUUAUGCUUCCACUGGGGGCGAUACUCGGACAAUGUGGUGCGCAGCUACAAGUAUUCCCCCCUGACUUUUCUACCUCUGACGCUGUUUGAACAGUUCCAGCGAGUGGCCAAUCUCUAUUUCCUCCUCAUGGUGGUGAUGCAGUGUGUCCCUGCCAUCUCAUCCAUACCCUGGUACAUCACUAUCAUCCCUCUGAUCAUCGUACUCUCUGUGAGAGGGCUGAAAGACCUCGCCAACGACAUGCAAAGGAGACGCAGUGACUCUGAGAUUAACUCCCGACCCUGUGACGUGCUCAUCUCCCAGAGCUUUAACACAGCACAGUGGAAGGACCUGUGUGUGGGAGAUGUACUACGGAUCCACAAAGACCAAGUCAUCCCUGCAGAUCUUCUCCUCCUGUGCAGUUCAGAGCCUCACAGUUUGUGUUAUGUGGAGACAGCAGACAUUGAUGGAGAGACCAAUCUCAAAUACCGACAGGCACUGAGCGCCACACACACCGAGCUGACCUCUCACCCCUCAGAGGAGACCCUCGCUGCCUUUGAUGGUGUUGUGCUCUGUGAGGAACCCAACAAUCGCCUGUACACCUUCAGGGGCCAGCUGCACUGGCGAGGACAGUGUCAUCUGCUGGACAACGAGCACAUCCUGCUGAGGGGAACAGUCCUGCGCAAUACAGAGUUUGCUUAUGGCUUGACCAUAUACACUGGCGCCGACACUAAGAUCUUGAGGAACUGUGGGAAACUGAGAGUGAAGACGACGCAAACGGAAAAAGUUUUCAACAGAGUGGUGAUCGGGAUAGUCCUGUCCGUGCUGCUGGCAGCUCUGCUUCUUGCCAUCGGCUGUGGCGUGUUUUCGAGUCAGGUCAUGAGUCAGACAGGGGUUCUCUCUGCUCUGGUGGUUAACGGCAAUCCAGUCUACACCGGGUUCCUCAUCUUCUGGAGCUACAUCAUCCUGCUUAGCCCAGCCAUGCCCAUAGCCCUCUACAUCUCGUUUGAGCUGAUCCACACGGUUCACAGCCUGUUUAUUGGCUGGGAUUUAGGGAUGUAUUGGCAGCAGGCAGACAGACCGGCCCAGGCCAGGAAUACCUCACUGAACGAGGAGCUCGGCCAAGUGGGAUACCUGCUGAGUGACAAAACUGGGACACUAACUCAGAACCGUUUGCUCUUCAGACAGUGCUGCAUAGCUGGGGAGAUCUAUGGUGAUGCAUCAGUCAGGGCAGAGGACAUAGAGCCCAUGGACUUAAGCUGGAAUCCAUUCUCUCGCGGUGGUCUUUGCAUGUCGGCUCCCAGCCUGGUGGAGAAACUCAGAGGACAGCAGUGUCCAAUCAGCAGACAGUUCCUCACCGCACUGUCUUUGUGUCACACUGUCAUGGCUGAGUGGAAGGAAGAGGCUCCAGUUUACCAGGCUGCAUCCCCAGACGAGGAAGCUCUCGUUGGUGCAGCCAGGGAGCUGGGCUGGGUCUUCCUUUCUAGGACAAGAGACUUUAUUGUUGUCUCUGAGCUGGGUGUUACUCGACAGUAUCAGCUGCUGGCACUGCUGGACUUUACCAGCAAGAGGAGACGCAUGUCUGUCCUGGUUCGGGAGCCAGAGGGUGGGUUAAAGCUGUACUGUAAAGGGGCGGACAUAGUGAUCCUGGAGAGACUGCAGAAGGACUCUCUGUAUCAGGAAAGGACUGAAACAGUGCUUGAGCUGUUUGCUCAGGCCUGCCUGAGGACUUUGUGUGUUGCGGUUCGAUCUGUUUCUGAGGCAUCAUGGGAACAGUGGAGUAAAACUCUGGCCCAGUCUGCGGCAAUGGCGACCUGUGACCGUGACGCAGCGCUGGAAAAGCUAUAUGAUCACAUGGAGAGUGAGCUGCAGCUUCUGGGGGUGACAGCUAUAGAGGAUCGGCUUCAGGAGGGCGUGCCUGAGACUAUUGCUCUGCUUCAACAGGCUGGGCUUAAAGUAUGGGUACUUACUGGGGACAAAAAAGAGACUGCAGUGAAUAUUGGAUAUUCUUGCAAACUACUGGAUCCCGAUACCAGAUUACUGGAAUGGCAGGAGCUGAGACAGAUACUCCAGGCCCCAGACCCAGGGGUGAGUUUCUUCAAGGCCAGACAGAUGGAGCUGUGGGCUGUAGACACGGAGAUGGCCAGAGCGAAGACCGCUGUGGUCCUCACUGGACCUGAGCUGGCAGAGUUUGAUCAGAGACCAGAAUGGGGGGCCACGUUCAUGAGCCUGGCAGAACAGUGUCAGUCGGUGCUGUGCUGCCGUGUAACGCCUGCACAGAAGGCUGACAUCGUCAAGUUGGUGAGGAAACACACCAGCGCAGUCACUAUGUCCAUCGGGGACGGUGCCAAUGAUGUAAACAUGAUCAAAACGGCUCAUAUUGGUGUGGGACUGGCGGGAGUGGAGGGAGGUCAAGCAGUGCAGAAUGCAGAUUUUGCAUUGUCCCGGUUCAGAUUUCUGCAGAGGCUUCUGCUGGUGCACGGGCGCUGGUCAUACAGGCGCAUUUCCCUCUUCCUGCGCUACUUCCUGUUUAAGACCUGUGGCUUUGCUCUGGUGCACGUAUGGUUCGGUUUCUUCAAUGGCUUUAGUGCUCAGUCUCUGUAUGAGACAUGGUUCAUCGCUCUCUACACAGUCUUCUACACAGCAUUCCCAGUUAUGUGUGUGGCCUUCUUUGAACAGGAUGUGAGUGCAGACAACAGCCUCAGGUGGCCUGAGCUGUACAAGUCCGGACAGCGACAGGAGCUCUCCAGCCCUCUGAUGCUUUGCCUGUCACUCCUGUACGCCGUUUACACAUCGCUUGUUCUCUUCUUCAUCCCGUUCGGAGUUUUCUACAACACAGCCUUUGACUACCAGACCAUGGCGGUCACUGUCGCCAUGGCUGCCACGUUUACUGCCACAAUUGAGAUUAUGCAGCUGACCAGAUACUGGACUAAGUUCAAUAUCGCAGCGGUGUGUGUCUCUGUGCUGCUGUUCUUCAUCUGUUCCAGGAUCACCCACAACUCCCGCCUGUUUCAGAGAUCACCCAGCGACUAUUACUUCCUCGGUGUGUCUGAUAAGGCCUUCAUUGAUCCAGUUGUGUGGCUCACAGCUCUACUCACCUCCUGGAUGGCUGUUUUGCCCUCAGUGACCUCUCAUGCCCUCAAUGUCAUCCUCACCAUCCAUGACAGACACAAGGUCCACAGUGUGUCCCCUCAGCCGGUGGAGCUGAGGUCAAACUUCAGAAGAGGGACGACUUUCCGCCGUUCCUCUUAUGCCCUCUCUCAGGGACCUGGACAUGGACGCCUGAUCACCUCUGGGAUGCACAUCCACAGCACAGCGCUGCCGGUGCAUGAGAAGGUGACUGCUGACUUACAAGGCUAAAUUCACACGAAGCACAAUAAUAACACUACAAAUUGCACAUGAAUAAUGAGUUUCUAAUGGGAAAGUAUGUGAAUAUGUAGACUGUUUCUGUAACACAGACUUGAAAAGAUGACUCGUUAUAUUUUCUGUAUUUUGUUUUUGGGGGGGCGACUCUUAGUGGAGCUAGCACUCUUUUGUAUGGCUGCUAUUUUCCAAUAAAGUAAGUAAUAUAAUAUACAAAAUACAUUAUGUACCACAAACCUAGUUUAUUACCUUUACAUAGUUUACUUCUGUAUGAAUAUCUUUCCUCUUUGUAGUGACUGCUGUUGUGGUAAAAAAAAUUCAGAUUUCCAUCUGCUGAGGUCACAGGGGAUUCCCCUUAAAAGA